UGCUUUCGGAAGACGAGCAGACUACGGAGCACUUCGUACUCUGUACGUUACUCCGUACCGAACGAACGUGAGUUGAACACGCUCAAUGGGCCCUUUCAAUGACACGGAAUGAUGCGAGAGGGGCGACACCAUGACGGCGGCAAGGACCCUGAAUCGACCACUCAACCCACCGUACAGAUAUUACUCUCUGAACUUUUUCUGGAAAGAAAACCUGCUGAUGUCCGACCUCAACGCUCUUUGCUAUGGAGACACUGCCGCGGAACAGCUUUCAGAAUUUCAGAACAUAUCCGCACCGGUUCUUCUUCAGCAUUCCCAAGAUAGUCAGGGCUUUCGUCAUCGCAACCCGAUAUCCACCAUGGAAUCAAGUGGCUUCCUUCGAGAUAACAUGCCCAACUGCAAUCAGCUCCAACGUGGAAAAUUACCUGCAGCCGACCAAGACCCAUUUGUCGCCGGGCUACGGCUGCGGAUACACGCAGGGCGCGAACCACCACAUCUUCAGGAUCCUUGCCGGAACCUCCCCCCUGGAGCAAUGUCUUGAGGUUCCCACGACGGACCGCAAGGAGCUAGAGAUUUCGGGCGUACGCCCUUGCAAGUCAACCUUGACUUCUCGACUGAGUCGACUCGACUUGCCAUUUGCGUGUCAGCAUCAAUCUAACCUUCACCAAUCUGCAAUCCCAAGGCCUUUGUCAUGCCAAUCUCAAUCGUAGCCGGCAUAUAGUUCCUGGACCAAUAUCAACC